AUGCGGCGGGGGAGUGCGGCGGGCGGCCAGGGCGAGUGCGCCCCCGUCGCGAGCCGGGCGGUCGCCUCUUUCCCCCGUGGUGCUGCCCUCCGAGCUUUUAGAUGUUUUUUGUUCGUGCUCUUCCGCGCCCGCCCCGGCGCGGCGCGCGAGCCUGCGGCGCCAGGUCGGCCCUGGGCAGCGCGGUGGCACAUCGUCAUCAUCUUCUUCAGUUUCCCUCUCUUCAUUCGCCUCACGGUCCUCCUCCUCGUCCUCCUCGUCUUUUUCCUUUUCCUCGUCCUCGUCGUCCUCUUCUUCCUCCUGAUCAUUUCACUUCCUACGCUGGGCAAUUUUGGGUCAGCUGGGACCGUGGCGUUCGUAUGA